CUUAGCAAAUCACUCGAGAGUUUCAUUUUUCCCAAGUGAAAAAAAGAAAAAUGACGUCCAAAAGUAUUGUAUUUGCGUGUCUGUUGUUUGUCUCAGCUAUUGUUACUGUGUCGGUAGUGGCCGAAGAAACUCAACAACAGCAUGAGGCAGUUGAAGUGGAGAAUGGAAACCCAGUGGAAGAAUCAAAGCAACGCUGUCGCUUUGGAUGUUGCGGCUUUCAUCCCAUUAGUCGCCGUUGCAUUAGCUGUUGUCCUCGUCAACCGGCAAAAGUGCAAGCCACUAUUGAAAAUCUAAAUGUUGAGAAUGGAAACCCAAUAGAAGAAUCAAAGCAACGCUGCCGCUUCGGAUGUUGUGGCUUUCACCCCAUUAGUCGUCGUUGCAUUAGCUGUUGUCCUCGUCGACCGACAGAAGCGCAAGCCACCGCUGAAAACCUAAAUGUUGAGAAUGGAAAUCCAGUAGAAGAAUCAAAGCAAAUCUGCCGUUUCGGAUGCUGCGGCUUUCAUCCCAUUAGUCGUCGUUGCAACAGAUGUUGUCCUCGUCGACCUGCAGAAGCGCAUGCCACCAUCCAAAAUGAGAAUGAAGUGGAGACGAACGGAUUCGAAGGUGGUGAAAAUUGAGUGGCAAAGGUUGCAGAAAAGAAAGCAAAGGAAAAUUAUUAUGUGGGAAGUGAAGGUCUUUAUGUAGUUGUAGGGUACCCACAAAAUGUUAGGGGGUACCAUACCAACAAAUAAUUAAGCAAAAUAAUGGAGAAAUCACAUCAAAGUGAAUAAAUAAUAAUGAAGUAAGGGAUAUGGUGGACUAGAAUACAAGGGUUGGA